AUUGUCUCAGAAUUAUAAUGUUUUAUUCAACGAAGCCAACGGUCGACGUUCUAUGGAUUUAACUCUACAUCUGCAAGUAUUAUAAUCCAGUCCCAGAUGCAGAGCCCCCCUCACCUCCUGACCGUCAGUGCCUGUGCCUGGGUCAGCAACCUCUGUCACCUGGGAGAGAUUGUUCCGGGCGACUCCCUGGAGGCGCCAAGCGAAGUCACAAUGUCGGUGACCGUCCACGAGAAUCGCAAGUCCCGCACCAGCACCGGCUCCAUGAACAUCUCGCUGUUCCACAAGCUCUCUCACCCCGACAGCGUCCUGACCCACUUGAACACGCUGAGAAAACAGUGCAUGUUCACUGACGUCACCCUGUGGGCCGGGGACCGCUCGUUCCCAUGCCACAGGGCUGUCUUGGCGGCGUGCAGCCGUUACUUCGAGGCCAUGUUCAGCGGAGGGCUGCGAGAAAGUCUGGACAGCGAUGUCAACUUCAGAGACAGUAUACACCCCGAGGUUCUGGAGCUUCUGCUGGACUUCGCCUAUUCGUCUCGAGUCAUCAUAAACGAGGAGAAUGCCGAGUCGCUGCUGGAGGCGGGGGACAUGUUGCAGUUUCAUGACAUUCGGGACGCGGCAGCCGAGUUUCUAGAAAAGAACCUGCACUCCUCCAACUGCCUGGGCAUGAUGCAGUUAUCUGACGCCCAUCAGUGCAAAAGACUGUACGAGCUGUCGUGGAGGAUGUGUCUGCUGCACUACGAGACGGUGAGAGAAUCUGAGGAUUUCUACAGCCUGUCUAAAGAUAAGCUGCUGGAGCUCAUCCUCAGUGAUGAGCUGGAAAUAGAAGAUGAGCAGGUCGUGUUCAACUCUGUGAUGCGGUGGGUGAGGUACGACCUGGAGGGUCGGCGUCACCAUUUACCGGAGCUGCUGAGGGGCAUCAGGUUGGCUCUGCUGCCGUCCGAUUGUUUGCUGGAGGCCGUGGCCUGUGAGGAGCUGGUCAUGGCUGACAAAAGGAGCAGGUCAAUAGUUGAAGAGGCAAUGCAGUGCAAGAAGAGAAUCCUUCAGAAUGACGGAGUGGUGACGAGUCCCUGUGCCCGACCGCGUAAGGCAGGCCACACGCUGCUUAUCCUGGGAGGCCAGACCUUCAUGUGUGACAAGAUAUACCAGGUUGACCAUAAAGCCAAGGAGAUCAUACCGAAGGCAGACCUGCCCAGCCCCAGGAAGGAGUUCAGUGCGUGUGCCAUUGGCUGUAAGGUUUACAUCACCGGAGGACGGGGAUCCGAGAACGGGGUCUCGAAGGACGUCUGGAUCUACGACACGGUCCACGAGGUGUGGUCUAAAGGAGCACCCAUGCUCAUAGCCAGGUUUGGCCAUGGUUCAGCUGAGCUGGAGAACAGUCUCUACGUUGUUGGAGGUCAUACAGCCAUAGCGGGAGUUUUUCCCGCCUCUCCAUCCAUCUCCCUAAAACAGGUAGAGCGGUAUGACCCCCUCAGUAAUAAAUGGACUAUGAUGGCGCCUCUAAGAGAUGGAGUCAGUAACGCAGCCGUUGUCAGUGCCAAACUCAAGCUUUUUGUUUUUGGGGGGACAACCAUACACCGAGUCAAGGCCUCCAAGGUUGGUGGAUUUGUCCAAUGCUACGACCCCGUGGGUAACCGGUGGAAUAUCGCGGCCGAAUGCCCCCAGCCGUGGCGCUACACGGCGGCUGCUGUCUUGGGCAGCCAGAUCUUCAUCAUGGGUGGCGACACAGAGUUCACCGCCGUCUCCGCCUACCGCUUCGACUGCGAAACUAACCAGUGGACGCGAGUUGGGGACAUGACGUCCAAGCGGAUGAGCUGUCACGCCGUGGCCUCAGGGAAUAAGCUGUACGUUGUCGGCGGUUACUUCGGGACGCAGCGGUGUAAAACGCUGGACUGCUACGACCCCUUGUCAGACAGUUGGAACUCCAUCACCACGGUGCCUUAUUCACUGAUCCCCACCGCCUUUGUCAGCACAUGGAAACACCUACCUGCCUAACGGGGAGAAUACAACGGCUGCUAAUAAUUCCAGGUGUUGAUUGUCUGCUGAGAAGCAACUCCGACCGGAGGAGAAUCUUCUGAGGCCCAACCCCCCGGCAGUCUGAGGCUGGAGCUCCAAACGGGGCCAAUCCUUACAAACAGACCUGAGUCAGUCCUGAGCAGCGUGGCAAACAGCCAACGACACACACACACACACACACACACACACACACAAUCCCUCUCCGUUAGAUGCUUCCUGGAGAAUGUGAUACACCUCAGACACUUGACUGAUGGACGAAUGCUGUUGUCGACUGAUGGAGCACUCAUACAAACCUAUUAGAUAGAUAUAUACUUUAUUAAUCCCCAAGGGGAAAUUUGUUAGGUUAGGGUUUGAGAGGUUUAGAUCACGUCAUCAUGAGGAUUUAAACUUUGUCUCUUUAUCGUCUUCUUUUUUCUUUCUUUUUUUCCAAUUACCGGUGUAUCGGCAUAUACCAGUGCACAUCAAGAGAAUAUUUGAUUUCUUUAAAAAAAUAAUUGGGACGUGUGGAUUUAACAUUCCCGGUGGAAUAGCGUUCCGCUGCAGUAUGUACAUAUACAUGCAUAUAAUAUACAGUUUGCACAAUUAGUGAAGACAUGCUCUCAUGUUAAAGUUAAAUAUGAAAACAAAUGUUUGUGUCGGGGCAUUUUUGACUCUGCUCCCUUGUGCUGAGCUCCACACGAGGAGUGUUUCAAACGGACUUCCAUUCAUUUACUCGCCGCUGCGCAUUGUGAACUUAUGGAGGUGCGAUCUUCCUCACGAUGCAUUCAACAACACUAUGGAGACGUUUACGAUCUUAAAAAUGCAACACUCAAGCAAUACGAUGAGAGUGGUGAACUACAGGUUGAAGAAGUCCUGUCACACCUGUAGACACGAAGCGGACAUCUGAAGUUGAUGACGACCUCGACGCAUGAGCGGAAUCAUUUCAUCUGUCGACGUCUCUACUGUCCCAGACUUUUGAAUCUCUGGGUCACAGGUGCUAUUUUGUAUCGUACAUCAUUCUGUGCACUGCCUUUGCACUCGUCACAGGAUUAUUUUAGCACCCUGCAAAGUGGCUGUUUUGAAGUGGUCUUCUGAGGCACUUAAAUUGGACUUAUCAUCACUUUAGGAACUUAAAACGACAUCAAUUGUAUGGCAACUUUACUAAUUCAGGAAACUAAUCAAUAGUUUUACAAAAGACAUAAUUCAAAAUUCUCUUACACACGGUGAGAGGAAAGAACAUUUGUAUCGCAGUGACCAGGUGGCACCUUCACAAAGUCCAAAGAGAGCGAUAAACCCACCGGGUGUGGGGGCGGGACUUAAUAUAUCCAGAAAUCUAUACGGAUUGUGAUAAUCUUGUUGAAGACCUACUGAAAACCGUAGCAUCAGCAAAAAGUCUUGAAACCUCAUUUCUGCUUUUGGUGACGAGGCUGUACGCAGUAACUCUUACAUGACAAAGUCUUACUUUGCAUUUCUGUGUAUGCGUUUACUUCCAAAAUGAAUAACACGUGGGAGCGUGUUCUGUGGACAGCUGAGCGUUUUAACACAUGUACUCCAGUUUCUAGUUCCAGAAGCAUGUUUUAGUGUUGAAGGAACACAUGGAAGCAAACAGCACCAGGCCGUUGGUUCUGGGAGGGGGCGGAGUCUUUGAUUUCAUGGUUUGUAUAAGCGCAAUAUGAGAAGCAGUGCUGCAUGGCCUGCAGAAACCACUGCUGCAAAAGAACUGAACCCUAACAUUUUUCUGUAACACCUAUGCACUUUUAUUUAUAUUCCACAAUGCAUUCGUUCCCACAGGUGUGUUUUUCUACAUGCUGGAAAUAACACCAGCUGUCAUGAUUGGGUGAGGUGGAGGUGAAAAAAAAAAAGAUGGCAUAUGGAUGAACACGAUUACUUCAGGACACGGAUUGGAGGUUUUGCCUCUGUGAUGCAGUGGUUGCUGUGUGAGUCCUUUGCACUGGUCCUCUGCAACAGUUAAAUGAGUUAUUUAAAAAGAGUUGCAUCACUUCUUAGAUUUCUGCUGCCGCACAGAAGCUCUAAUACUCGCUUCUUUAGAAUUGAGGAAGUGAAGGUGUUUUUGAAAGAACUGAGGAUUUUUUUUUUAACGAUGUGAGGAAAAACUGAAGAUGCAUCUUUUUAAGGGGGGAGAACAAGAAAUGCAGAUGCUGUAUGUUUUUACUGGUGACAAUAAACAUUGACUCACUUUUUAAA